AUGAGCAGAAGAAAACGAAAAUAUCAGUCACCAUCACCACCCAUCAAGUCUCAAAUAGCUCGACGAUUGGAAAAAAUACGUACUGGUCGAACGAAUCUUUGGGAUGACGACGACGAUGAUGAUGAACAAUCAAUAGCCAAAUCCAAUCGAAGAUCACAUAUUGAGCUAUCAGAUUCAGACGAAGAUGGGCCGUCGACAUCGUCACAACGACAUUCACGAAGUUCAAAAUUAAGAAAAAGAACUUCACGACAUCAUCGUCAUCGUGAAUCAGCGACAUGUUUAAUCUGUUCUGUGCUGUCUCAAUUAUCAUCGUACAAUUGUUGCUCAACACAUUUAGCCGUUCUAAAGAAUCUUUCUCAUGGAUUACCAGAACAACUCGUACUAGUACCAAUGACUAAUGACAUUGCACAACAUUAUCUUCAUCGACAAUCACGACGACGAUCAUCAACUACUCGAAAGCAUUCUGACGGUGAAUUAACGAAACAGAAGCUAUUGAAUAAAGCAACAAUGACACCAAAUCGAUCCAAUGCACAACCACCGAUAAGAACUACUCCGAAAUCUGUCACUAGAUCGUCUCAAGUUGAUAUGUCACCAGUUGAAAUGACGAACACGACUGUAUCUUCAUCUACGUCACCUCGAACUACAAAAAAUGUUCGCAGAGUAAAACGAGCUACGAUUUUUGAUGAAAACACAAGAGAACCAUCACCUAUCCAAACAAUUACUAUCGAUGAUACCGAACAAAAUGAUCCAUCUAUUUAUUCGAGAGAACAUCAUAAUCCGACUGAUCCUUGGACAGAGAUAACCGAGGAAACUGAUGCUGCUCUGAAACAGGUGUUAAACGAGGUUGAAUUUAUAUCCGAUACACCACUUGAAUUCACACCAGCAACAGCCCGACGAACCAAUGCCGAAACUAUGGCCGCACGUCUACCGAAAAUACCGUUAAAACAAGGUCGUUUUCGUAAUGGAAGACCUGUUGAUAAUUGUACUACAACAACAACUACCGAUGGUCCUAGUGAAUAUCGUCCAUCAACAGCUGUUCAAACAACAUUGUCUCCUGUUCAGAGCAGAUCACCAUGUCAAGUUCUUAGCCAAUCUAAAGAUAAUAUUGAUAAUUCCGACAUAUAUACGCAAGAUGAAGUUCAUCAAAAUCACAAUACUUCGAUAGCCGCACAGGCGAACGAAGAUCUUCCUUCGACCAGCAACGGAAAUUGUGAUAUGGAAGUCGACAUGGACCGAUCAAACAACAAUGCGUCUAUUGUUUCAACAACGACGAAAGAUAAAGGUACACCUUCGAGAUUGUCUGUCCGUUUCAAUCCUGAUGGAUCACGAGUGAAAAUAUCCAAACCACCAUUACCAACUAAUCGUCAGUCGUCGUCAUCGAUCAACUUUUUACGCCGAUCGUCGACUGACAACAAGAAAAAAAGUCAAUCAACAAAUCAGAUUAUUAUGAUACGACCAGCUUGUUUCUGUUUUAAUACAGAAACAGCCGUUUCAAAUGCAUUCCAAAAUGAUCAGUAUGCUGUUUCAUCAUCAGCAAAUGAUAUUCAACAACGCGCUUUGACGGAAUUCGAUCGUAUGGUUGAACAGCUUCGUUCGCAUGAUGUUCAUGUUGAUGUCGUCGAAGAUACAUCAAUACCUAUUAAACCCGAUGCUAUUUUUCCAAACAAUUGGUUUUCAACUCAUUCUGAAGGUACUAUUGUACUCUAUCCGAUGUUGGCAGCGAAUCGUCGAUUGGAACGUCGAGAUGAUCUAAUCAGAACUUUAGCACAAAGAUACAACGUUACUGCUAUCAUUGAUUUUAGUGUUCUUGAAUACCGAAAUCAAUUUCUUGAAGGCACUGGUUCACUAGUACUCGAUCGAAUCAAUAAGAUUGUCUAUGCUGUGCGAUCGCCACGUACACACGAUGCAGUUGUUGAACAAUUUACAAAGUUAUUAGAUUACCAAAAACCAGCAAUUAUAUUUGAUAGUGUUGAUCACAAUCAAAAGCCGAUCUAUCAUACCAAUGUGAUGAUGGCAAUCGGUACACAUGUAGCCAUCAUAUGUUUACAAUCAAUCAAAGACGAAACUAAGCGAAAAUCUAUCGUACAAUCGCUAGAACAAAAUGGCACUCGAAAGGUGAUUGACAUUACAUUCGAACAAAUGAAUCAGUUUGCUGGUAAUAUGUUGGAAAUACGAAACAAUCAAGGAGAUUACCUCCUAGUAAUGUCGAAGUCAGCACACAACUGUUUAACGGAUAGACAACGACGAUCAAUCGAAGAAACCAACACCAAAUUAGUUUAUUUCGAUGUGUCAACGAUCGAACAAUGUGGUGGUGGAAGUGUUCGAUGUAUGAUUGCGGAGAAUUUUCUUACACAAACAGUUUCAUAA